UUAUCUGGCCGCUUCAUUUUCUAAGAACGAAAAGCUCGGGCUGCCCAGUGUCGCUCUGACUGCUAUAUCAAAUGUAUGUGUGAUGCAGGCUAGGUGGUGGCUUUGUGCCACGCCAUCAACUGUGCCCAAUAAAAUCAUCUUUUUAGAACACACAGGAACAUUAUGGAAUCAAACAACUCUAACACCAGGGGUAAUUGACUUUAUUCUGUACGUGAAAAAGUCUGGGAGACGCUGCAUUCUACUAACAAACAAUAGCCGCAAAUCCAACGAACAAUACUAUGAAAAGUGUCGUAAACUUGGGCUGCCAGUUGAAAAAUCUGAUAUUAUAUGUGUGGCUCAAGUUGCAGCGAAUGCUCUUUUAAAGACAGGCAUGCAAGGUCCUUUGUAUGUUAUUGGGGAAGAAGGAAUUGCUAUUGAAUUAUCCAAGGUCGGAAUUUCCUCCUUAGGCAUUGGCGCAAGUAUUCAAAACGUGCUAGUUGGAUAUGAUUCCCAAUUUAACUAUGUUAAAUGCAUGAAAGCUGCCACCCUUAUCGGAAGGGGAUGUAAGUUUUACGCAACCAACGAAGAUGCUCAACUGCCAGCUCCUGACCGGAUAUGGCCCGGUACGGGUUCCGUGGUCGCAGCUGUUCGUGUUGCUUCUGGCAAGGAUCCAAUCGUUUUCGGGAAGCCCCAUAAGGCGAUGUUUGACUACCUUGUGGAGACUGCAGGCAUAUGCGCUGAAGACACUGCCAUGGUUGGAGACCGGUAG